AAAGCCGUGGGGUAGGAAUCUGGGUUUCAGGGUACCAGUGAGGUACCUUUCAAUCACAUUUCGAGGCAAUCCGAUCUGCAAAGAGGACUUUUUCAAAUACACGAAUGGCCGAUUCCUCGCCGAGAAAGAAAAUCAGCGAUCAAAAUGCUUUGUUCAAUUUGACGUCGAUCGGUUAUGCGAUGUGAUCGCACAUAUCUCAGGAAUUGGUACACAGCCGGUUUCAACGAUAGAAAAAAUGGAAGGCGGCUUUAGCAAGGCUCUUCUCAUGAAGACGGUGGACGGGUCUUCAUACAUCGUCAAGAUGCCGUGCCUGAACGCAGGAAAACCUAUGUACUGCACAGCGUCCGAAGUUGCUGUUCUAGACUUUGGUAAGAUACUCUCUAAUGCCGGUAAUACCCAAGCCAGUUUGUUUCCUUACAUGGUAAGGAAACAUAUCACAAUUCCUAUUCCCAGAGUUCUUACAUGGAGCACCGAUUCAACAAACCCAUUCGGCGCUAAAAAAUCAUAAUGGAGCGAGUCUCGGGGGUUCAGCUCUUCGA